AUGACAAUUAAAUGUUUGAAUCAUCAAAGAUCACACGAAUUCAUUUGUUAUCAAUGUAAUAGUUUGAUGUGUUCAAAAUGUAUCAUCACUCAUGGUAAAGAUCAUCCUGAUCAUGCCGAUAAAUGUGAACAUAUCGAUGACAUCAAGGACUCAUUGAGUACAUUGAAAUUAGAUGAUAUUAUUGACACCACCACAUAUACAAAUAAUCAUAUUAAUAAUGACAAUAAUAAUAAUAGUGAUAGUGAUAAUAAUAAUAAUUAUCAUUCACAAAUCAAUAAUAAACUUAAAUCUCUAUGGGAAUCAUUAAGAUCAUCGACAUCCAUAUAUCAAAGAUUAUCAACAACAGAGAAAGAAAUCAAAGAACACUUUGAACAAUUACAUCAAUAUCUAAUCAUUGAAGAACAUAAACUACAAAGAGAUAUUAUCAAUGAUAAACAUUCAAUCACAAAUCAAAUCGAUAAUAAAGUAAAUCGUUUGAAAUAUUUAAUAAAUAUUAUAAUGUUAUUUAAUAAAUUAAAUAAUAAUAAUGAUAAAUAUAAUUGUGAAGGGAGUAUUGGUAGUAGUGAUAAUAAAUCAGUAACUGAUGAUACCACAUCAUUAUAUUCAACAACAACAAUAAUGGAAUCAAUAACAACAAGUUCAUCAUUACAAUCAUUCAUCAAUCAUAAUAAUAAAACAUUAUUCAAUGAACAUCUUGAUCUAUUCAAUAUUGACGAACUUCUCAAACAACACUACAAUGAUUCGACAUCAAUAUUAUUAGAUAUCAUUCAUAAAUACAACAAUCAAUUCAAUGAAUCAACAACAAUCACAGACAAUAAUAGCUUAUUAUCAUCAUAUAAAUUAACAAUCAAACAACCUGAUUUCGAUCAAUUGAAUUCAAUCAUUGAACAAUCAAUCAAACUUGAUAACAUUGAAUCAACUGAGCCAAUAAACACAACAAAAACAAACAACAAUGAUAAUAAACAAUCUUAUAUUUUCACAACACAUUCAGCAAAAGGAGCAACACUGAUCAACACAUCAAACAACUAUUCAAUUGAAGAGCUACAGUUUGAUUAUGAAUUUGCUGGAACGUACUCCUCGAUGGUUUCAAUUGGUGAAUAUAUCUAUUUAUUCGGUGGAAAUACCAAUGAAUACAAAUGGAUUAUAAUAUCAGCCAAAUCGAAAUCAAUUGAACAUAUUGGUAAUAUCGAAGGAAUCAAAGGUGAUUCUCACAUAACUGUUUGUUAUGAUGGUAAAGAUCAUAUCUAUUUAGUGAAUGGUGCUAAUAUAAACAAUAGAAUUGAUCGAUUCAACAUCAGGACAAUGAAAUUUGAAUUGUAUAAUCAAUUACCUGAAGAAAUUGGUUUGCAAAUAUCAUCAAUGAUCUUUAAAGGUUCAUUAUAUUCAGUACCAUACGUUCAAUAUCAGAUAUUUCAAUUCGAUUUGACAAAUAAAAAAAUAACAGGUGAUCAGUUUGACAUUCGAGCUUCAUCUGCAUGUCAUGAUAACAAUGGAAACUUCUACAUACUAGAUAUGACAAACAAACGAUUCGUAAAAUACAACGUUGAAACAAACAAACAAUCAAUCUUAAUGCCAUUCCUCUAUUAA